AUGUCACCUUUUAAUGAGAAAUAUGGUCUUCCUCAACAUUUUCCAGCCAAUCUUAGGGUUCUUGUAAUAGACCAUGACAUCAGUUUUCUUAAUGCUAUUGAAAAAACGUGUUUUCAAUUCCAUUAUCAAGUUAAGACAUGCUCUAAGGUUUCUGAUGCCUUGGAUCUAUUGAGGAAAACAACUGAUUGUUUUGAUAUGGUACUAAUCGAAGCUCAAAUGCCCGACAUGGAUUCCUACGAGUUUUUGCAACAUGUCACACAAGAAAUCAAAAUCCCAGUUAUCAUGAUGUGUGCUGAUGGAUCAACAAAUGCAGUGAUGAAGAGCGUUGUAAACGGAGCUUGUGAUUAUUGGAUCAAACCAUUGAAUGAGAAUCAAAUCAAGAACAUGUGGCAGCAUGUUGCAAGAAGUGUUAUGAAAGAAAAUAAAAAACAAGAAAUUAAUAGGGAGAAAUUGAAUGUAGAAGGUAGCAAAACAGCAGUAGAAGAUUAUAUAAUGAUACAAGAUACUGAAACCGAUAAAAAUAAGCAAGAAAUACAAGCAGAGAAGUCACGUCUAGCACGUCUAGCAUGGUCACCUGAUUUACACAAAAAGUUUGUUGAUGCAGUGAUAGAACUCGGCGCUGAUAGAGCUGUACCAAAGAAAAUUCAAGAAAUAAUGAAUGUUGAUGGAUUGACUAGAGGCCACAUUGCUAGUCAUUUGCAGAAAUAUAGACAAUAUUUAAAGAGAGAAAAUCUAGAGAAACACAUAAGAAUUGCUCAAAAUAUUAUGGAAACCAACAAUCCAUAUGGAUAUUCUUCAGGAUUUAAUUAUCAACCUUAUGGUGGUGCUUCUUCUUCUGGAGUUUCUCAAAACCAAAACCAAAAUGCACCAUUAUGGAAUAACAAUAAUUCUCAUAUAGAACAAGUUCCCAACAAUAUGUUAUGGCAGCAACCUCAAGAAUUUUCACCAUCAACAUAUGGAACAUGGCAACAAGUUCCGAUGCCUCCGUUGACAACUGGUGCUUUAGGAGCUUCUCCUAGUUUGGCACCUUUUGCUGCUGGUGUUAACAAUGGAGGAGUCUCCUCCAAUGCUGCUAUUUUUGAAGAUAAUGGUAACUCAAGAAGGGUGGAUCAGAAUGAGGCGGAGCUGAAUUCUAUCUAUGAUUCACUGGAAAAUCAUCUAUUAUCUUGA